GGUACAUCAGAUAGCGGCUUCAGCUAAUCGCCUAUCAGUUGUUCUCAGCAAAAAGGAAGAACCGAAAGCCCCUCUAUUUUCUUUUAGGCAGGCGCUUCCCCAGGUGGUGAGCGCUGGGGACAGUGACCUGCUCCGACCCAGGGGCAGCGGGGAGCUGCCCCUGCCCAGGGCCAGGGAGGAAUGGUGGUGGCAGGGUCGGGCACCUGGCCAGCAGCGUGAGGGAGGGAGUCCGCGGGACGCCAGCACCAGAGGAUGUCGGGCAGAGGGUCUCCCGCCCUGGAGAGGAGCUGCAGCAGCGGUGGGAAGACAGGCGAGGUGAAGGCCAUGGCGCAGCCCUCUGACAGCAUCAGUGUCCGGGGCGUCUCCUACACUGUCAGACAACGUGUUGGCCCCUGGUGGAAUGUUUCUUUAUAUCAUAAAAAAUGGACCCGGCAAAUACUUAAGGAUGUUUCGUUUCACAUAGAGAGUGGCCAGAUUAUGGGCAUUUUAGGAAAUUCUGGAUCUGGGAAAACAACACUUCUGGAUGCAAUAUCAGGAAGACUGGGACAUAAAGACAACUUCUUUGGUGAAGUGUAUGUGAACGGACGUCAGCUGAAGAAGGAACAGUUUAGAGAUUGCUUCUCUUAUGUGCCACAGAGUGACACUUUGUUAAGCUUCCUCACCAUACAAGAGUCUCUGACCUACACUGCUUUAUUAACUCUUCAGAAACGUUCCAAUGACUUAAUCAAAAAGAAGGUAGAUGCGGUUAUGGCUGAGCUGAGUCUCAGCCACAUUGCUGACAAAAUAAUUGGAAGCCGUAUUUUUGUAGGAAUUUCUGGGGGUGAGAGGCGUCGUGUUUCUAUUGCAGCCCAGCUAUUACAAGAUCCCAAGGUCAUGCUACUUGAUGAACCAACAACAGGGCUGGACUGCCUGACUGCAAACCAGAUUGUCUCGCUGCUCUCAGAGCUUGCACAUAAAGGCAGGAUUGUGAUUAUUACGAUUCAUCAGCCUCGCUCAGAACUCUUCAGGUUAUUUGACAAAAUAGCCAUCAUGAGCUUUGGAGAACUAGUUUUCUGUGGGAGCCCCAUGGAAAUGAUUACAUUUUUUAGCAACUGUGGCUAUUCUUGUCCUGAGCAAUCGAAUCCUUUUGACUUCUAUGUGGAUCUGACAUCUGUGGACACCCGAAGCAAGGAACGUGAACUCAAAACCUACAGUAGGGUUCAGGUAAUGGUAUCAGCCUACAAAAACUCGGACAUCUUUAGCAAAGUACUGGCAGCCAUUGAAAGAACAAAGUGUAUGAAAGAGCGGCCACCAAUACCGUUCAAAAACAAAGACUCACCCAGUGCCUUUUACAAAUUGUGGAUUCUUUUACGGAGGACAACAAGAAACUUCUCCAGAGAUAAGAUGGGCAUCAUCAUGCGUCUCCUCCAGAACCUGUUAUUUGGCUUGUUUGUAGCAUUUUUCCUUCUCAGACUAAGGGAUGACCUGCUAAAAGGAGCUGUGCAGGACCGUGUGGGGCUGGUCUACCAGUGUGUCAGUGCCCCCCCCUACACAGGGAUGCUCAAUGCUGUUGCCCUUUUCCCACCUUUACGUGCUAUCAGUGACCAAGAAAGUAAAGAUGGCUUGUAUAAGAAGUGGCAAAUGCUUUUAGCUUAUAUAGUACAUUUCCUGCCCUUCAGUGUCAUCAGCGUGGCAAUUUUCAGCACCUUUAUAUACUGGACUGCAGGGUUGUAUCCCGAUGCCUCCAGAUUUGGAAUUUUCUUUGCUGUUGUCUUAGCAUCUCAUAUAAUCGGUGAACUACUAACGCUUGUUAUACUCGGUGUGGUUCAAAACCCAAAUAUAGUCCAAAGUGGAGUGGUGCUACUUAAUUCAGCAGGUGUGAUAGUGGGAACGGGACUAGUAAGGACCAUCGAAGAAAUGCCAACACCUUUUAAAAUACUCAGUUAUCUUACCUUUCAAAAAUAUAGCAGCGAGGUUCUUAUAGUCAAUGAAUUCUAUGGCUUGAACUUCACAUGUGGUGGAGCCAACAGUUCCACUGCAGUUAACGCUGCGUGUGUUUUCACUCAUGGCAUUCAGUUCAUUGAAAAGAACUUUCCUGGUGCAUUCUCCCGGUUCACAAUCGAUUUCUUAAUACUCUAUGCUUUUCUACCAGGACUUGCUGUUAUAGCAAUUCUGAGCUUCCAAAUAAGAGAGAGCAUUAUUGGCAGGCAAUAAAAGAGUAGUGGUGCUAACAAUGGCUAAUAAAACACUUUUAACUUGAUUAAAGCUGAAAGCUUAAAUUGGUGGAUCUUAGCUAGACUUCAAGUGAUUAUACAUAUAGAAACACAUUCAUCUUCUCAUGAUUGUUUCUAACUGGAUGUUUUCCAUCUUGUAAAAACAAUGUUCGCGUAAGAGUGUGAAUUGGUAUUCCCACCCCACUCCCAAAUCAGCCAGAACCCACAGCAUUACAUGUUUUAAAGGACUUUUUGAGUUUAAUUUAGUCAGAUGUUGCUGUCAAUUUUUAACAAUGUAUCGAGGGUGCUCUGAUCUUUUUCACACUACUUUGUUUUUUAACCACUACCAACAGGCAGAGAGGCAUAAUUGCUAGCAAAUCCUGUAUUUCCACUCCUAUGCUUUGUUUUGGUACAAUUUUUUGGGAUUUGUUGAACCGCGACAAGCCAAAUACGUGUAAAUAAAGACAGAAUCAAGAAAUCACUCCACUUUAAUCUUCUGCAUACUCUACAUCAGUGAGUGCAGCAUCUCUAAGCAAUAUAAAAGUUACCCCAUGUGGUUUUGUCUUGUAAAUGAUGGUAAAUCAGAGAAGACAUUUGUGUUAUUUAUAUCUGUUCCUUCUUUUAAUUAUCAAGUUCUAAAUCUUGUUUUGGAAGCAGUUUGUGAAUUACUAGAACAAAUUUUUGUUUGUUAAUAAAACGUCCAUAUAGCCGGGGGAAAAAAUAUAGAAGUUGUUAGCCAGUUCUUGGAAGCGCUGUAGUUUGCAUCUCUGGAAGUUAUUCUCACAGGCUCACUAAUGUGUCAGAGACUCUAAUUUAUCCAUGUAAUCUAAGUAGGUACCUCGCAAAAUUGAAAGCCUAACAGACGCAGAAUUACUAAAUUUUAUAACUUCCUUUGCAUGUGUAGUGAAGAAAUUAUUUAUUACAGAGGGAUAGCUAGAGAUUUUUUCAAGGAGGUAAGUAAGUAUAUUUCCAUCUUAAAAUUCCACAACAACGUAAUUAGUCUAAUUUGAUAGCUUUGAGGUGAUGCCCUUCGUAACGAAGAAACCUCUCAAGUUAGUGCAAGCUCUCCACCUAAGUGUGAGGCCAAGAUUUUUUUUCUAAUAUCUUUAUGUAAAAUAUUCUAAGAUACAAAUAUUAUAUCAGAAAAAUAUUCGAUGAACAAAUAUGUUAAAAAUAACAAAUAACUUCAAACAGCUGGAAAGAUACUAUGUUAGUUUGCCUUUCCCAUUUUUAUGCGCAUGCAGGGUUCUUCGUCAGGGAACAUUCUUACAAGCUGGUCCACGGUGACUGUUCAGACAUCUAUUUUGUCACAAGUCUUAGCUCUCAGGAGACACCCCUGGCUUUAAUCUAGGUCUGGUCCUGCAUAGUCUCAGAAUGCUCAGGACACCUCACAAUAGUGAGGAUGCCCAUGGACAAAAAGCCAAUUCCAGUUUAGGCUAGCAUUUCACCAGCUUAGGCUGCAUGUGAAUCAGUUAUACUUCCACCACAAACCAGAUGUCUGCCAAAUUGAUUAGACUGGCUUCCUAAUAUUUCAGAUAUUGAAAUACUGUCUUCUGAAUUCUGUAUUAUACAGUGCAAGAAACAAUUCCUGUAUUAAACUGUAUGAUACUGAAACAGAGAUAAAGCAAAAUUCUGAAUUUUAGAGCAGGUUAAACCUGGUUUUAAUUUUAUUUUAUUCUACCAGUUUUUGUGGAAGUAUCCUAUUCAAAUGCAUUAAAUGAUGAUGCAAAUAUAUUCUUAAGCUUUGCUUUUCAUUUAUAUAUGCAAGGAACUAGGAAGGGAAUGCCUAGCAUACUUUACUAUGCAGUUUCAUAUUUUGGGUGCGAAAACUUGUUUAUAUUUAAAUACAUAGUCAGGGUGGAAGCAUUAAAGAAUAAAUCAAAUAUUGUGUUAUAAGUUAUAAAAUAGGUAGAACUGACUCUUGCCAGUCUUUGUGUUCAAACCCAUCUCUGAACAGUCUAGAACUCCUUUUUCCCCACUUCUUAAAACUGUGUCAGUACCAAGAUACGCUUAAAUCUGAAUGGAAUUAAUAAACAGCUAUUUUUAUUAAAAAUAAUAACAGGGAUGUUUAAUAAGUGUUAAUUUUGUAGUUUGAUAUUGUAUAUUUUCAACAGCAUCAGAUUAAAUUGCUAGUGUAAUGUUAAAAAUAUUAAAGUAAUUUUGUAAACGUUAAACUGAAGACUCCUAUAGCAGCUCAUCAGUCAGGGUCAAAAUCCAUUUCUUUCCAGGAUUUAGAGGCAUUUCUUUUGUACUGUUCAAGUUCCUAAAACAGAAACAUACAUAUGUAUUAACCUAAGCUCAUCAUUAUUAAAAGUGAUAAGAUACAUAUAUUAGCCACCUAAACAUUUAAAACAUGUACAAAAAUGUACGUUUUUUAUUUUUAACAAAAUUAUACUAAAAGUGCUCUAAGUUUUGCCAUGUUUGCUCUCACACAGGGAGCUAGAUUUUAUUUAUUUGUUUAUUUAGGCCUAGGCACCUGCUUUCUAGGGUAGAAGAAAUUUUGGGUGGGGUGUUACACAUUCAGUUUGAGAAGCCACGGUCCCUACGAACAUACACAAAUAUACCUGUGUUUUAAAAACAGAAAUCAGAAUUAUCCAACAGAAACUACUGUUUCAUACACAUCAAGUCAGGGCCUUUCAAGAAGCAAAAUGGAGCUUAUGUAAGCAAAAUUCCUUAAAAUUACAGAGAAGAAACUAGAAAAACAAAGCCUUUUUUUUUUAAAGCACAGGGCUGAAAUAAACUUCUGUAAGCUUACACAUCACCUGCAGUGAUAAUUUAGAGAGCCACCAGUGAACCUUAAACCCCUGCAGAACACAGGCCUGUCCAGAAGGCAGCAAGCAGAAAUAUAUUUUAGAGGAACACAAUGGGUGUUUAGGAAAUUGACGUGCCAUAUCUAUUCAAUCUGUGCUACUGGAUAUUUGUGGAAAUAUUCAUCAUCGUUGUUUGAGGUUUCUCAGGAAGUGUAUCACUCAUGACAGACGAUGCCAUGCUUUUGCUUUUGUUUUGUUUUUCAGUUAGUAGUUAAAAUAUUCUUUCAGGUGCUACUGUUUAGUAAAUUGAAAAGUUAGCCCCUGUGUGUAAACGAUAAAAUGCAAAACCAAUGUGGUAAUUAAAAUUAUGCAUCUUCUAGAUAGUAAUUAUAUUAUUAAAUGCAAACAGAGGCUCAAAUUGUGGAGGUAUAAAUAAAGUGAGUUAGGUAUGAAAGAUGAGGUAAUCUGCGUUAUGCUAUACUUGACAUCAGCUGAGUACUAGCAUGGUAGACAAAUGCCCUCAUUUCGGUCAAAAGUGCUGCUGGGAAUUUUGAAGCCUGUAAUUAAAGAUUCUGGCAACAUCACCAAACAAUAGUGUCAUCUUCUGAAUUUUAUGUAGCGGUGUAUGCUGUCAGGAACUGUUUCUGAAGAUUUUUCCAGCAAAAAUUAAUUUAGAAAGCACUACACAUGCUUUUUGUUCAUUUAGGAAUAAGGCGGCUUCCAAUGUAUUUGCAGGAAGCUGAUACUCGAGUGAGGUACUGUUAGACCUGAUCAUGCACGGCUUGCAGUACAAAAAAAGCCGUCAUAUCUUACUUAGAUCAGGAGGAGAGGUGGACAGAAAGCAGUGAUUAGUAUAAAUGUGGCAAGGCCCCUCAAAUGUGGGCAUGUGUUUUAUAUGAUUGCUAUUCUGAUUUUAAUAGAAUGGACUGAACAGCGUAAGGGAGGUUUCGCUGUAGGUAUACAGACACCAGAGCUGACAAAAAUAACAAGAUUCACACCUGGUGAAUUUAGCAGAGCACAGAGGGAAGAACAAAAUAAAGGGCAGAGCAACAAAGAAAUCAUCACCUAAAAAAUGUACAGAAAUAAUAAAAGGAAUUUUCUCUCUCCUAGGAAAUAACUUCAGCAGCUUUGUCAUCAGUGCAAAAUUUUCAUGGUGCUUGCAGGAAUCUACUUUUAACAUUUAAGUAACUCAUAGAUGACUGACACAGAACAUGUUGUGUCUAAUCUAGUAAAUUGCAUUAUGAAAUACUACUCUAGUACUACUGAACUGUUCUAUUCCUAGGCCAGUCUUUACUCAGUAUUUUCACUCCCUCAUUAUUAAUAUGAAGCAAUUAUGAUCUUGGAACAUACUGAACUGUGGGAAACUUGCCAACAGUUAGGAAUAGAAAGAAUACUGUGGUAUUUUAAGGAGCACAUGUAACCUGAUUUAUGCUAAGUAAAUAAUUUCAAUUCCAACAACUUUCUCAAAGGCUACAGGAAGGGGGAAAUUAGACAAUGAAGUUUUCCAUAUAAUGACAAUGCUGUCUGGGGGUCAUGUCUACAGGUGUUGCCUGAAUAAUUAGCCUUACACAUUUAUCAUCUGACUAAACUGUUCCAAGAAAGAGGCAGAUAAUUUAGCAGAAUUUAUUUUGCUGUAAUUUUAGCUAGCUAGAAGGCAAUUCAAAAUCAUACAGAAAUGCAAAGUAUCAAAAUUCAGCAUACAUCAAAACUGUGUAGCUAUUCCAUACAUACAGAAGUACAGAACAAAUUAUAAAUAUUUAUUUUGGAGCCGUAUCUAGGGAAGGCUAACAGUUAAUGAGAAAUGAAAGAAAAAAGUGAGUAAAUGGGAGGCUAUUAAAAUAAAAAAUCUUUAACAAAUUCAGUGAUUCAGGAGGAUAAAUGCUGUCAGGCAAGUACACUUCCUUAGUUUUCAUGUAAAACAGAAAGUAAAAUAAAUCCCUAUAAGUCAGAAAUGUAAUGGAAAAAUCUUUCACGUACAGCUUAAAGAUCACUCCAGAGACCCUUUGGAAAAAGGGUACCUUCCUGCUCAUAUAGUCCUAUCCUACAAACAUAAGCAGAGUUCUGGAAUAUGCUGUAACUAUACACAAUCAGCUAAGAGCUUCUCUCUCCAAACUGAGAAAAUCCUACCAAAGAACAGAUCUCAAAGUAUGCCAAAAUGUUUGCACUAGCAUUAUGCUUACUUUGUGUUCUGGGUACCAAGAGUAGGGGCACAGAUCAGAUUUACAGAGAAUUAACAACUGCAAUUUAAAUAUGCUUUCAAUGUGUUCUGGGUGUUUUAAAUGUUAUUAGUGCUAACAACUUGUCCUAGAUGUCUCAACACUGGCAUAAAGUGUUUUUUAAUUUUUUUUUUAA